AUGGCCGGCCUGCAGACCCUACUCCUGGCUGCCCUCAUCCUCCUUGCUGUGACGAUUCAAGCAACUGAGGCAGGCCCCUAUGGUGCCAACGUGGAAGACAGCAUCUGCUGCAGGGACUACAUCUAUCGCCCCCUGUCCACUCACUUGGUGAAAUAUUUCUACUGGACUUCAAACUCCUGCCGGAAGCCUGGUGUGAUCUUGUUAACCAUCAGGAACAAGGAGAUCUGUGCCGACCCAAGACAAAACUGGGUGAAGAACAUUAUUCGGAAGCUGGGUGACUGA